AUGGAAGGAAUUCGCGCGCAGUCCGGCCACGACGCGCUUGCGACACAAACUCCCUACCAAGAGGUUCCAUUCGGCAUCGAAGGGUUAUUCGUACUGCAGACUUCCGAGCUCGAAUCGCUUCUUUGCAAGCAAGAGGGCGCAUCAAUCGCAUCCGCCCACAUGGACCUUUUCGAUGGCGGGACUUCAUCACGCGAUGAUUCCUUCCUGCGGCCGGCCUUGUGGGAAGACAUCGCGUCUUCCAUCAGGAACAUUGACCCUGAGAAUGCGAACAUGCUCGCGCCGUUGGGUGCAACACACGUCAAGCUGGAAACAGAUGAGGCUCUGCUUGAGGAAUGCGCUACUCCACUUCUUAGUCCGCUGGAAAUCAAGACGGAGAGGCUCCUUGCGCCGCCAACGUACGCGCAACCCCAGCCCGCACAGCAUCAUCAGCAACCAGCGACACCGUUCCCAAAAUAUCCACCAUCGCGACUUGUCUAUAUGUCCCCGCUAACGCCCCCCGGAUCUGACCAAGGCAGCCCUGGCAAUUCUAUGCAGUGUGGACCAAGACGAACGCCGCCUCCACCUUACCACCCGCCCCCCAUGCAUCGACCACCUUUGGGGCAUCAACAUCAAACACAUGUCCAGCAUCAUCAGCCGCCUAUGCAACAAAUGCAGAUGCCACCACAACCACUGGGGCCAUCUCCUCUAGGACAUGGUCCAAUUCACCACUCAAGACUUGGGCCACCGUCCCACUCUAUGAAGUAUAACAGACGGAACAAUCCCGAGUUGGAGAAGAGAAGAGUUCAUCACUGCGACUUCCUUGGAUGCACGAAAGUUUAUACGAAGAGUUCGCAUCUGAAGGCUCAUCAAAGAAUACAUACAGGAGAGAAACCUUAUACUUGCCAAUGGCCGGAGUGCGAAUGGAGGUUCGCUCGUUCAGACGAACUGACGCGUCACUACCGUAAGCACACGGGAGCCAAGCCGUUUAAAUGUACAGUCUGCGAGCGGUCCUUCGCCAGGUCUGACCACCUCGCACUUCACAUGAAACGGCACUUGCCAAAAACCUCGAAAUGA